UCAACUCCCCAGCCCCAUCAUUUCCAUCUCAUUGUCCCCACUGCAAUUCCCACCAUGCACAAAGCCCGAUCUGACUCCCAGGAUGACCUCCCGGAAGAUUUCUUCAUCCCAGUGCCCUUGGAUGUUGCCAACAUCACAACCCUAAGUCCUUUUCUGGUACCUCAGACUCACCUUGGUAGUCCAGGCCUCUUUAUGAGCAUGGCUGCCUUCAUGUUCGUAUUGGUUGUACUUGGGGUACCCAUCAACAUCCUCACCAUCUUCUGCACUUUCAAGUACAAGAAGCUCCGCUCCCACCUCAACUACAUCUUGGUCAACCUUGCUGUGUCAAACCUGCUGGUGGUCUGCAUUGGAUCUACCACUGCCUUCUACAGCUUCUCCCAGAUGUACUUCAUCAUGGGUACUCUUGCUUGCAAGAUAGAGGGCUUUGCUGCCACAUUGGGGGGCAUGGUGAGCCUAUGGUCCCUGGCAGUUGUGGCCUUCGAACGAUACUUGGUCAUUUGCAAGCCUCUGGGAAACUUCACCUUCAGAGGCACCCAUGCCAUUGUUGGUUGCAUCAUAACAUGGAUCUUUGGCUUGGUGGCUUCAGUCCCACCCCUGUUUGGCUGGAGCAGGUAUAUUCCUGAGGGGCUGCAGUGCUCGUGUGGGCCUGAUUGGUAUACAACGAACAACAAGUGGAACAAUGAGUCUUACGUCCUAUUCCUCUUCUCCUUCUGCUUUGGAGUGCCCCUGUCUGUUAUCAUCUUUUCUUAUGGUCGUCUUCUUCUAACCCUGCGGGCAGUUGCCAAGCAACAGGAGCAGUCAGCCACCACACAGAAGGCUGAGAGAGAGGUGACCAAGAUGGUAGUGGUGAUGGUGAUGGGCUUCCUGGUGUGCUGGCUGCCAUACGCCUCCUUUGCAUUGUGGGUAGUGACCCAUCGUGGAGAACCUUUUGACGUUCGUCUGGCCACCAUCCCCUCUGUCUUCUCCAAGGCCUCCUCUGUUUAUAACCCUGUCAUCUACGUCUUCAUGAACAAGCAGUUUCGUUCCUGCAUGCUGAAGCUUGUCUUCUGUGGCAAAAGCCCCUUUGGUGAAGAGGAGGAUGUUUCGGGUUCCUCCCAAACUACCCAGGUCUCGUCAGUGUCUUCCAGCCAGGUGUCACCAGCGUAACCAUGAGCAAUGCCCACAUCGCCCACUCUACCUCCAGGGAACUAUCCUACUGUAUGCAGCAACACCCUUCGCCCUGCACAGCAGGAUGAGCCCAAUGUGUGCAUUACUCCUGCAAGGGUCCCACUGCAGUUCCAUUCAUUCCAUCCGGCAUUUGGUUUCUGUACAGGGCACUCACAUUACAUACCCCAACUGGCAUUGCUCCACCCGUCUGUACAAUUAAUGUUGCACUACAAACAGUCAUCGUGCUCAUGGACUGCUCUUCCUGUCCCACUGAGGUGAGCAAGGUUAUCAGACACACUGAAAAGCUAUGGGUGGCAAUCAGGGGAGUCACUAGCAGCUGCUGCAGUACAGUCAAGUCCCACACCUUGUGGAAGUGACAUCUGGCUGGUCCAGCCUUCCUUGUCUCUGCCACUGCAGGCAAAUCUGUAAAAAGAAGAGCAGCUGGGUUAUAUGUGAAUGUCUUCCUGAGCUCUGGUUUACGUGCAUUAGGAAUUGGGUGUGCUAUGAACUGUUAGCUUGACAAACUGCCGUACAUGUACUCAUUUACUUCCACCUCCAUCAGAGAACAGUCCCUUCUCACCAGCAUCAGAUCUGGCACAUCUGGCCACAG